CCUCCUCCAUCAUCUGAGCGCAACCGCAGUGUAACCUCUGACUUAUCGACCAUCAUGUCCAAAGAAACAAACAACUACAAAGGGCGCUACAGCGAGCCGGUGCCGACUUCCAACCUUCAGAACGAUGAAAAUGAUUUCCCAGAAUUUGAGCCUUUUGAUGAAGACGCCACGCCAAGAUCAUUCGCACCUGUGGGCGCGGCUCUGUCGGUGCAGCAUGUCGACAUGUGUCAGCAGUUAAACAAACCAAACCACUACACCACCGCCUACGACAUCCAAAACCUGGUGGUCCGCCGUGGUCAGGAGUUCGUCGUGCGAGUCACCUUCAGCCGCCCGCUGGCCGAAGCAGACGACUUCCAGCUCGAGUUCCUGAUUGGUUCCAACCCCUCUCCCAGUAAGGGCACUCUGGUGGCGGUGACCUUCGGUUCCCGUCAUGGCGGUCCGUGGUCUGGCCAGAUCGUGGAAGCUCAGGGUGAAUCGGUGCUGCUGGGCAUCACACCGACGGCCGAUGCCAUCGUGGGGAAGUUUCGUACCUACGUGGCCAUCGUUACAAGCGGCGGCAUGCAGCGAACCAGCAGGGACGCCAACACCGACCUGUACCUGCUGUUCAACGCCUGGUGUCCACAAGACGCUGUGUUUCUUGCUGAUGAAGCGGCACGCAGGGAGUACGUCAUGAGCGACUACGGCGUGAUCUUUCAGGGUACAGUUUCAGCUAUGUCACAGCGCAACUGGAUGUAUGGACAGUUUGAGCGCGGGGUCUUGGACGCCUGUAUUUACAUCCUGGAUGCGUCUCGGAUGCCGAUCUACAACCGAGGCAACAUCAUCCAACUGGUCAGGAAAGGAUCUGCUAUGAUUAACUCUCAGGACGACAACGGCGUGUUGGUUGGGAACUGGAGCGACGACUACUCCAUGGGCAUGCCGCCGACAUCUUGGACGGGGAGCGUCAAGAUCCUGCUGCAGUACGCCAAUACCGGAGUCUCCAUUUGCUUCGCCCAGUGCUGGGUGUUCGCUGGAGUCUUCAACACCUUCCUCCGCUGCCUCGGCAUCCCGUCGAGGGUCAUCACCAACUUCAAUUCAGCUCACGACAACACGGGCAACCUGAAGACUGACCUAAUCUUCAAGACGGACGGCACGCCGGACAGACGCAACACCAGGGACUCCAUCUGGAACUACCACUGCUGGAACGAGGUGUUCAUUGUGCGUCCUGACCUGCCGGCCGGCCUCUCGGGGUGGCAGGUGGUGGACGCCACGCCCCAGGAGACCAGUGACGGACAUUUUCGCUGUGGUCCGGCCUCGGUCACCGCCAUCAAGGAGGGUCUGCUCUGCCACCCGUUUGACUCUGGAUUCGUCUUCGCUGAGGUGAACAGUGACGUGGUCUUCCACAAGCGGGAUCGCUACGGGACUCUGAGUCCAUAUCGGGUGGAUAAGACUCAUGUUGGACAGGGUAUUUACACCCAGGCUGUAGGCAGCCCAGCACCUAUGGACAUCACGCACACCUACAAGUACCCUGAAGGUAGCGCAGACGACAACAGGACUAUGGCUCGGGCGGAGGAGUACGGCUGUGAGAGGGAUCACUCUGAGCUACCUGAUACCCAGCUGACUGUCACCAUCACGGCUGGACUGGUCAGUCUGGGUCACGAUGUGAACCUGGCAGUGGAUUUCCAGAACCAGACUGAACACUCCACCACGGUCCAAGCUCACCUGGCCGGCUCUGUCGUCUUCUACACCGGAGUCAUAUCCAAAAGCUUCAGAGAUCAGAACUUCACUGUCACCGUGGCAGCCAAUCAGACCGAGCGUGUGAUGUUUAGGAUCCCCGCUCAGGAGUACAUGCCUCACCUGGGCUCUCAGCUCUCCCUGCAGUUCAUUGUGACUGGACAGGCUGACGACCAAUCAGUGUCCGCCAUCAAAGUGAUCGAAAUGCAGACCCCUAGCCUCACCCUGAUGGUGAGCGGCCAGCCUCAGGUGCAGCAGGAGAUGAUUGUGACCGUUUCCUUCACCAACCCCUUCAACUUCCCCCUGCAGGGCGUUCACCUGGCCAUGGAAGGAGCUGGACUCGUAACCCACAGGACACGCUACUACAGCGUCAUUGAGCCUCUGUCUUCGAUCUCCUGGAAGGAGUCGUUCUUCCCUCGGCUGGAUGGACCCCGUUGUAUCGUUGCGGUGUUGGACAGCAUCAGCCUCCGCCAGGUGUGGGGAAGGGCUGACAUCGUCAUCAGCGCCUGAGAUGAUUGGUCCACAGAGAUGUGACCCCGCCCCCUUUCCAUUUACGCCACGCUUCCACCAAUCACAGAGUGGGCGGAGCCAACUAACGGCACAAACAACUUCUUUGAUGAUUUGUUUUCUUUUUUAAUUUCAUUUACACAAAUUGAGUUUGUUUAGUUAAGAGAGGAACCUGAAGGGUCAAAGGUCGCAGCGUGAUCAGACAGGACAAUAAAGAACUUAUAUUAUAUAUAUAUAUAAGUUCUUUAUUGUAAUACUGGAAACAUAAAUAAUAACACACAAACAGCAGUUUAAAGUUUGGCUGUAAUCAUGUAAACUUGGCCAAAAGUAUAUGGACAGACAUAUAUUCCAGUCAUAUGUAACUGCGUCCACAUACUUUUGUCCAUUAACAAAUUAAACAAUCAAUCAAACUCCACUAGUUUUUUAAUUGAACACAAACAAUUAAACACAACCUACCGACUUUUAACAAUCAGAACAAAUAAUCAAAGAGCAAACAGGCAACAUAAAACAUCUGGUUCCAGCUGUUUUAGAUUUUAAUCCAGUUUAAAGUUUGUAAUCACGUAAACUUGGACAAAAGUAUACGUAGCAACCUUAUGUGAUUGCGUCCACAUACUUUUGUCCAUUAACAAAUUAAACCUCCUAAAAUGAAACUAAUCAAAACAAAUGAAGGAUUUUCUUUCUACAUCAGUUCAAUCAGCGUCAGAAUGAGUCUGAAUGAAAUAUCAAUCAAUCAAUAAACAGCGAUCAGGAGCUGACAGUCACAUCAUGGAUAUUAAAUCUGGAAAUGUGUAAUUAUGUCUUUGCUUUGUGGCUUUAAUAUCUGUAUUAAUGAACCUUUGAAUAACAAUAAAGCAUAUUGAAAACCA